GCAUCCAUCCGCCAUAAUGUUGGUAUUGUCGCUAUUGUAGCUGAACAAUAGCCAACAUGCUCAAUCGCAGCCAUUCUCUCAGUAUAUCCACUGCGAAUACUAACAACAUGUUCAACGCACAGCAGAACAACGCGAACAACAACACCACCUCACUCUUCGGCGGCAACACCACCAGCAACGCCAACACGCAGCCAAAUCAGCCCGCCGCAGCUCCAAGCUUAUUCGGAAACGCCGGCAACACCAGCACAUUUGGCGCGCCAAAGAACAACACGAGCAGCCUCUUCGGCAAUCCGAACAAUACUCCCAACGCUACAAACAUGUUCGCCAAACCCGCUACCACUCAGUCACAACAAGCUGGCAGCAGCCUCUUUGGCGCUCAGCCCGCCACCAACAAUGCCGGCGGCAGUCUAUUCGGCGCACAGCCUGCUGCGAACAACACCGGAAGCAGUCUCUUCGGCAAUACUGCGAGACCGACUCAACAGCAAGCGCCGUCACUGCUCGGUGCUACACAGGCAUCCAGCAUGAACCAGUCGACAUCAUUUGGCAGACUGAGCAUGGGACAAGGAGGAGCAGCACCAGCAGCGCAAGCAGCUUCACAAGUCACCAUUGACAACCUCAAGGGCACGACACGAUUCGAGGACUGCGCAGACAGCGUGAAGCAAGAGUUGGAGGCACUGGACAAGAUGAUUCAACAGCAAGAGCAGUUCGCGAAGCAGAUCGAGGCUUUCUUGCCCAAGCACGAGGAGAACCUGAACAGUUUGAUACCAGACAUCAACUUCGUCAAGGACAAGGCCGACGACGUAGAGCAAGCCUUAUCCGCAGACGCAUACGCGGUCGAUGCACAACGCAAGAAUGCCGAGAAGGAUCUCAAGGACGGACAGCGAUUGCAGCGCAUCGUGACAAAUCUCGCACUGCCACAACCAUACCAAUACCCGAACUUGAGCAACAACGGCAUCAGCAGCAUGUACGGCUCGCAGCAGCGCUCGCAACAGCAGCAGAAUACCAACGAGGGUGACGAGAACUACGACACAGACCUGAUUGGCAACUACUUCUUGCCGAUGGCCGCCGAGCUGCAAAAGACCAUGGAUUCGUACGCCAGCAACCUGGCCGAGAUCGAGCAACACAUGCGUGUCAUCGAAGGCUCGACUGUGCAGCAAGCCCAGCAACUGGCUCAGCGGAGGUCUGGUAUUGGCGGUGCUCAACCAAACGGCGAAGACACUGUCCGCGAGCUGGCAACUACUCUGCGCGGAUUCGAAGAGAGCAUUCUUGGUGUUGCUGGCAUUGUGGGCGAGUGCAGAGAAGGUGUGACACAGCUUGCACUCGGGCGGCUGGGCUCACAAUUGAAUGGCAGUGUGCGAUGAGAUUGAUGGAAGUCUGGGUUUAGCAUCGAAGCAUCGAACAUGAAACGAGCCUCAGAAAAGCGCUGCCACGCAGGUCACUUUCGGCGGAUAAGCAUUGCAUUGGGAGAAUUGAUUGGCAUAACUGGCAUGAUUGGCAUUAGCGAGGAGUUCUCUGUACUGCCUCAAGUGGUGGCUAAAUACUUGAGCGCGCAGGUGAGCAGGAAUCAGAAGCUGCUCUUGACCUACAUAUUGGAGCCAAAUGAAAUGUCGACAGUAGAGGCCUGAAUGAACAAGGCACGAGUGCGACUGCGCACUUCCACGGUGCGCGAUAGCCGGAGGUCGCCGCUGUCGGCGACACAGCAAGGCGGGCAACCAUAGAUAGCCCGAAUGAUCACAACACAGCAAAUCCUGCUGUCUUCAAAAUGCUGCUGUCUUCACCCACGAUU